AGUCUAUCGCCCAUCGUCCUUUGCGAUAACCACCAUUUUAGAAGUUUGCCAAACCAAUCCGGCAUCUGAACCUCGGAGAAUUUGGUUGUUUAAGAGAACAGAAACGAAUUCAAGAUGGCUUAUAAAGGGCAAAAGGUCCAGAAGGUUAUGGUACAACCGAUUAACUUGAUUUUCAGGUAUUUACAAAACAGAUCAAAAAUUCAAAUCUGGCUGUAUGAGCAAGUGAACAUGAGGAUUGAAGGACACAUUAUUGGUUUCGAUGAGUACAUGAACCUAGUUCUUGAUGAAGCUGAGGAAGUUCACCUGAAGACCAAAACAAGAAAACCUCUAGGCCGGAUUCUGAUCAAGGGAGAUAAUAUCACUUUACUGAUGAAUGCAUCCCCAAGCUAAACACUCUUUACAUACCAGGCGCUUCAACUACCUACAUCCUUAAUACAAGCAAGAUCAUGGCUUAAAGGCUACAAACUUUGUAGCAGACAGGGCCUUAGUUGAUUAGGCAUUUUAACUUGAAGUCUUUUUGUAGUAAUGUGGUUGUGCAGUCAAACCUUGUGAACAUGAACUUGACUGGUUUAGCCAGGUUGGGUUUUAUAGGAAGGAUGAAGUCAAGCAUACCAGUUUUUAUUUGCCUUUAGACAUUGAUCCUAUCUAAACAAGUGCUGAAAAAAAUUGUGGACAUUUUCUUAUGUUAAACAUCAUUAUCAUCAUCAUCAGAAAAAAAUAUCUUUUUUUUUACUUUUUUUUCUUAUUUUUGGAAACAAACACUCAGCCCACAGGUUUUUAUUCUACCAGCCUUAUGUUUAAGUUUGUACUUUUGUAAAGUAUUUUGAAUGCUUUAUAUUGACAUGAAUUUUUGUGUGGGUUGAAUACCCAAGUGGUAAAAUUACUGUUUAUGGUUGAACACAAGUUGAACACAAGUCAUCCCCAGCCUUGUAUGCCAGGGUAUAUCCCUCAAUAUAUUAUCCCAAGGAGGGUUAUAUGGUUUGGUUCUCACUAGGGCGUAAGGGCAGCACAUGUAAGAAUCGGUCAACCGCACUCACAAGCAGAAUCAGCGACUUUGCCACGCCGUUUAUUCUAUGCCUAAGUUUGUAUGCGUUUCUUUCCCUAGUGAGAACUAUCCUUAGAGGAAGAGGGGUGGGUCCUGGCACGCGAGUAUGUGGUAUAACCUUGUUGCAAAGUUAAAGCCGCAUUGUCACCAGUUUACUUCCGGAGGUCCGACGGAUACUUCAACCGUUAAAAGACAAAAGAAUCUAUUAGAAUCCGAGAUAUUUAACAGGCCAUCCGCUCUAAAUUAUCGAUCACAUCCUCGAAGAAACUUCCAAUAGACACACUGCUUUCAAUAUUUUGAAAUAUUUUUCGUGUUUUCCGUUAAAAAUCAUCGGAUAUUGUUACGUAAUCGACCGGAAGUAAACUUGUGACAAUGCGGCUUUAAAACAUAGCCAUCUGAAUAAAAGUCUUGUAUAUAAA